GAAUUUGCCAUCUUGCCAUCACCGUCGUCAUGGCUGCUGCUGCUGCGUUCCCGUCCCGCAGACAACGCCUCCCGAGCCUCAAUGCACAUUUGCCGUCGCCGACGUCGUCUUCCUCGUACCACAAUAUGUCGUCGGCGUUGUUUCCGCUGUCGCCUCUCCAAGUCACCAGUCCAAGCUGCAUCUCCCACGCGUUCCCACUCGAAGUGUCUCCCAUCCACAUCCACCAUCAACGCUUACCACCUCUCAAUGCGUUCGUUCGAUCGUCUUCAAAGACGUUCCAUCAACAACAACGACGACGAGACAACGCGAUGCCGUUUUUCCAAGAGUUCAUGGCGUCCUCGCAACAAACAAUCGGGUCGAGCUUCACGUUCCCAACCCUCCCGUCGCUCAAGGGCACGUUGCACAUUUCCCCUGUCCUGUCCGCAGACUCCCCAUCCAACAAGAGCAGCACAGGAGUCAAACUUUGCGGUGUCUCUGGGUGCGAAAAACGAGCCAAAGCUGGUGGCGUGUGCAUUGCCCACGGCGGUGGCAUCCGAUGUUCCAAGGACGGUUGCUCCAAGCACGCCGUGAGUCUCGGCUACUGCAUCAGUCAUGGUGGAGGCAAGCGAUGCACCGCCGAAGGGUGUCAGAACGCGUCGCGAAAGUUUGGAGUGUGCUGGAGUCACGGCGGCAAGCGCAUGUGCUUGGUGCAAGGCUGUACAAAGGGUCCCAAGACUGGCGGCUACUGCUGGGCUCAUGGGGGCAAGGUCGCCGCUACCUCCAAGAAGUAAACGACCCACCAGCCUUGUAUUUAUUUAACUUAGCUACAACAACCAUCUCCCCAUGAUUCUGCUACCCAAGUCUUUGUGUUACCUUCC